CGGCCUGUGUUUGGGGAGAGAUGGCAAAGAAGUAGCUGUUCCCGCCCAGGCUCCGGGGGCCGGGCGCACAGCAGGGCCGAGCGCCCCAGCCUGCAGCCCCGAGAAGGCCGACGGACCCUCGCCGCCGUCAGCUUUGUUCACACGUUUCGCUCGCCGCCCGGGCCCACUGCAUACCUGGCGACGUGGGGCUCGCACGUGCCCGCCCGGGGCUGGGGGCUGGACUGAGAAGCAGAGGAAGGUGGCCUAGGCGUUUCAGUCUUUGAGGCGCCAGGGCCAGACCCGGCGCCUGCGCUUAGGUGCCCAGCAACCGUGUGCGGCGGGAAUGAAUGAACGAACGAACGGCGUUUGGAAAGUGUGGUUUGCAGGCAGGCAAACCCGGGUCACUUUGUUGGCUUCCUGCCUAGUUUUGGAGCGACGUAGUUAAUUAUGUCUUGGACAGAUGGCUACGCUUUUCUGAGCGUCGGUUUCUCCAGUAGCAAAGCAGAACUGAUGAUAUUCACUCUAAAAGACGAAAUUACAAGAUGGCUGAUCAGGGCCCUGGGGGCAUCAGCCUCUUCCAACAAAUGGUGGCUUCGGGUGCUGGAGCUGUAGUCACCUCUCUCUUCAUGACACCCCUGGAUGUGGUGAAGGUGCGCUUGCAGUCCCAGCGCCCCUCGGUGGCCAGUGAAUGGAAGCUUUCCUCCAGACUCUGGAGUGUCUCCUACACCAAAUUGCCUUCCUCUCUCCAACCCACAGGGAAGUGCCUCCUGUACUGCAGUGGUGUUUUGGAGCCCCUGUACCUGUGCCCAAAUGGCACCCGCUGUGCCAUCUGGUUUCAGGAUCCCAUCCGCUUCACUGGUACCAUGGAUGCCUUUGUGAAGAUUGUGAGGCAUGAGGGCACCAAGACACUGUGGAGCGGCCUCCCAGCCACCCUGGUGAUGACUGUGCCAGCCACCGCCAUCUACUUCACCACUUAUGACCAACUCAAGACAUUCCUGUGUGGCCAAGCCUUGACUUCUGACCUCUACGCACCUAUGGUGGCUGGCGCUUUGGCCCGCUUGGGCACCGUGACCGUGGUCAGCCCCUUGGAGCUGGUGCGGACAAAGCUACAGGCUCGGCAUGUGUCAUACCGUGAGCUGGGCACCUGCGUCCAGGCUGCGGUGGCUCAGGGCGGCUGGCGCUCCCUGUGGUUGGGCUGGGGGCCCACUGCCUUACGGGAUGUGCCCUUCUCAGCCCUGUAUUGGUUUAACUACGAGAUGGUGAAGAGCUGGCUGAGUGGGCCAAGGCCAAAGGACCAGACAUCUGUGGGCAUCAGCUUUGUGGCUGGCGGCAUCUCAGGGACGGUGGCGGCCGUCCUGACUUUGCCCUUCGAUGUGGUGAAGACUCAGCGCCAGGUUGCACUGGGAGCGGUGGAAGCUGUGAGAGUGAGGUCCCCCCGUGCUGAUUCCACCUGGCUGCUGCUGCGGAGGAUCCGGGCCGAGUCGGGCACCAGGGGACUCUUUGCAGGAUUCCUCCCGCGAAUCAUCAAGGCUGCCCCCUCCUGUGCCAUCAUGAUCAGCACGUAUGAGUUCGGCAAAAGUUUCUUCCAGAAACUCAACCGGGAGCGGCCGCGGAGCCCUUGAAAGGGCCCGGAGGCUGAGGAUCCCAUCUCCUCUGAGGAUGAGGCGGGAGCUGGGGAGACUGAGUCACGUGCCUUUCCUCAGCACCGAGGGGCGAGGUCUUGCUUUUUUACCCACUCUGGGUUUGCAGGUCCUCCUCAGACUCAGUUUUCUUCCUGUAUCUCUUCAUUUCCAAGGCUCGAGGACCAUCACUUUCCCACUCCCAAGUUCAAGAUCAAAUCUGUUUCCCUCUGUGUUGGCGGUAGCUGGGUCUACCCUCAGGAGCUAAAAAUCUCUGGGCAUGCCUCAGUGUCCCCUACCUCAAUUAAUUCCUUAAGUCUGAA